CAGGUAUGUGGCGGCUCAAGCUUUUCUGACAGUUUCUUUGUGGUGUGGUGGCAGAGAGCAGCACAUCGGUCCGAAGCGCAUCGGUCCGGUCGGAGCAUUACCAUGGCUUCUGCACUGAUGGCUUGGGUUUGGAUCUGUCUAACACUAGCCCAGCUCAACAACGCAGAGAGCCAGCGGUACGCACACGGACGUUUGACCGGAAAUGACGAGGCUAAUGACGGCAGCGAGCAGCUUGUCGAGGCGCCUCAACAAGACGGGACACUGCGCAGCUUUCAUGUACCGAUUUGGCAUUAUCUCCAAGGAAGUGGAAAACAUCCAGAGACAGAGUUCAGCCAGCCGCUGUAUCACUGCAGUAAAGAAGCACUUUACUUGCGCUUUUCACUCAUCCGAUACUCAAAUCUGCGUCUGGAGGAUGGUGUUCGGUUGAAGUCGCUGCUUGACGGGUGUCACAGUUCUGUUCAUAUUUAUAAGUGGUGGUUGCUGGUGAAGCUUCCCCAUACUGGCUGCUACACAGCAUCACAGACUGGAGAUGGAAUUGGUGCCCGUUCAUUGAAACUGCAUUACUUCGACCAUCUGCUGCAGGAGGACAUGAUGGGCACAGCGGUGUGUGAGAAUCCAGUGAUAUCGCCACAGGUGACGUGUACAGCAACUCGUGUCACUGUGCAGCUCCCUCGUGAAUCAAAAGUGAAGAAGGUGAAAGCACUCGAUUUUAAAGGACAUCCAGUGACACAGCGCAAGACCCCUGAUGCUUUGUUCAUGGAGAUAUCAAAGUUACCAGACAAGGAUACUGGUUUUGAACUGGUUUACGUCGACUCUACUGGGACACUGAGCACCAUGGUGGCAGCUUGUUCUUCCACGUUUCCAAAGGUUGGGAGGCGUCGUGUUGGGAGAUCUCUGGAGGAACCAGAUUCAUUUGGCCUGUGGGACUUUGCAGACAUUCCUGAUGAUGAAUUUGAUCCAGAAACUACACCCACGACAACAGCCAGCUCAGGAACUGAUGAUUUCACAACCACAGUGACGACGGCCAGCUCAGGAACCAAUGAUGUCAUAACCACAGCAACCUUGGGAACUGAGGAGGACACAGCCGCAACAGAUGACCCUUUCGGAUUAGAUUCAUUCGGCCUUUGGGACUUCGCAGAGGUUCCUGAUGAUGAAUUUGAUCCAAAUACUACACCCACGACAACGUCCAGCUCAGGAACUGAUGAGGUUACGGCCACAACCGCCCCAACGACAGUCAGCUCACUUACCAAUGAGGUCACAGAUGCAACAGAGGACCCUGAUGAUACAGAUGGUUUUGAGUUGUGGGGACUCGCUGAAAUUCCUGAAGGGCCGUUUACAGGAAUAGAUAUUGAGAUUACAGUUUCUACUCCAACAACGCUCGCCUCUACGGCUGCAUCAUCAACCACCAGAUCCUCUACCACAACGCCACCUGCCACAACAACCACCAUUACUACAUCUUCUGCCAGACCCUCCACCACCAUCAGAGCCAGCUCGGAUACCACUGGUGCCCGCUCAACAGCAAAUGCCGGUGUUUCGUCCACCACAACAGGCACUGGCUCAGUGACUACUGAGAGCCCCUCCUCCACCACUGGCUCUGCCUCCACCACCAUCGUUGGCUCGACUACCACCAGCAGAACCCCGACCACCACGUCUGGGUCUGGCUCGACCACCACGACGGGGUCUGGCUCGACCACCACGACGCGGUCUGGCUCCACCACCACGACGCGGUCUGGCUCCACCACCACGACGCAGUCUGGCUCCACCACCACGACUGGCGCCUCCUCGACAACCACCAUCGAAGCCUCGACGACCACCACAGCCGAGGCCUCCUCAACGACCAACACGGGGGCCUCAUCCACCACCACGACCGGCGCCUCUUCCACGAAAAGCGCCUCCUCGACGACUACCAUAGGAGCCUCGUCCACAAUCACGACUGGGGCCUCCUCGAUGACCACAACCAGUGCCUCCUCGACGACCACCACGGGAGCCUCUUCAACCACUACCACGGGAGCCUUGUCCUCCACCACGACCGGUGGCUCCUCAACGACCACCACGGAAGCCUCUUCAACCACUACCACGGGAGCCUCGUCCACCACCACGACCGGCGCCUCUUCGACGACCACCACGGGAGCCUCGUCCACCGCCACAACCGGGGCCUCCUCGACGACCACCACGGGAGCCUCAUCCACCACCACGACCGGGGACUCCUCGACGACCACCACGGGAGCCUCGUCCACCACCACGACCAGCACCUCCUCAACAACCACUACAGGAGCCUCUUCGACGACCACCACGGGAGCCUCGUCCACCACCACGACUGGCGCCUCUUCGACGACCACCACGGGAGCCCCGUCCACCACCACGACCGGCGCCUCCUCGACGACCACCACGGGAGCCCCGUCCACCGCCACGACCGGGGCCUCCUCGACGACCACCACGGGAGCCUCAUCCACCACCACGACCGGCGCCUCCCGACGACCACCACGGGGGCUUCGUCCACCACCACGACCGGCGCCUCUUCGACGACCCACCAUGGGAGCCUCGUCCACCACCACGACCGGGCCUCCUCGACGACUACCACGGGGGCCCCCCCGUCCACCACCACGACCGGGGCCUCCUCGACGACCACCACGGGGGCCUCAUCCACCACCACGACCGGCGCCUCCUCGACGACUACCACGGGGCUUCGUCCACCACCACGACCGGCGCCUCUUCGACGACCACCACGGGAGCCUCGUCCACCACCACGACCGGGCCUCCUCGACGACCACCACGGGAGCCUCGUCCACCACCACGACUGGGGCCUCUUCGACGACCACCACGGGAGCCCCGUCCACCACCACGACCGGCGCCUCCUCGACGACCACCACGGGAGCCUCGUCCACCACCACGACCGGGCCUCCUCGACGACCACCACGGGAGCCUCGUCCACCACCACGACCGGCGCCUCCUCAACGACCACCACGGGGGCUUCGUCCACCACCACGACCGGCGCCUCCUCGACAACCACCAGGAGCCUCUUCGACGACCACCACGGGAGCCUCGUCCACCACCACGACCGGCGCCUCCUCGACGACUACCACGGGGCACGGGGGCCCCGUCCACCACCACGGCGCCACCGGGCGCCUCUUCGACGACCACCACGGGAGCCCCGUCCACCACCACGACCGGCGCCUCCUCGACGACCACCACGGGAGCCUCAUCCACCGCCACGACCGGGCCUCCUCGACGACUACCACGGGGGCCUCGUCCACCACCACGACCGGCGCCUCCUCGACGACCACCACGGGAGCCUCGUCCACCACCACGACCGGGGCCUCCUCGACGACUACCACGGGAGCCCCGUCCACCACCACGACGGCGCCUCCUCAACGACCACCGCCGGCCCUCCUCGACGACCACCACGGGGCCUCGUCCUCCCACCACGACCGGUGCCCUCCUCGACGACCACCACGGGAGCCUCGACGACACACCACACCACGGAGCCUCCUCAACCACUACCACGGGGGCCUCGUCCACCACCACGACCGGGGCCUCCUCGACGACCACCACGGGGCCUCAUCCACCACCACGACCGGGCCUCCUCGACGACCACACAGGGGCCUCGUCCACCACCACACCGGGGCCUCCUCAACCACCACCGCAGGGGCCUCCUCGACCACUACCACGGGGGCCUCGAUCACGACACGGGGGCCUCGUCCUCGACACCACCACGGGGGCCUCCUCUACCACCACCGCACGGGGGCCUCCUCCACCACCCACGGGGCCUCGUCCUCGUCCACCACCACGGGGCCUCCUCGACGACUACCACGGGGGCGUUCCACCACCACGACCGGGGCCUCCUCGUCCACCACCACGACCGGAGCCUCUUCGACACCACCACGGGGCCUCGUCCACCACCACGACCGGGGCCUCCUCCACGACCACAAGCGGGGCCUCCUCAACACCACUACCACGGGGGCCUCGUCCACCACCACGACCGGGGCCUCGUCCACCACUACCACGGGGGUCUCGUCCACCACCACGACCGGCGCCUCCUCCACCACCACGGGGCCUCGUCCACCACCACGACCGGGGCCUCGUCCACCACCACGACCGGCGCCUCUCAACCACCACCACGGGGGCCUCGUCCACCACCACGACCGGGGCCUCGUCCACCACCACAACCGGCGCCUCCUCGACAACCACCACGGGAGCCUCGUCCACCACCACGACCGGGGCCUCUUCGACGACCACGACCGGCGCCUCGUCCACCACCACGACCGGUGCCUCUUCGACGACACCACCACGGGAGCCUCGUCCACCACCACGACCGGGGCCUCGUCGACGACCACCAACCGGAGCCUCUUCGACGACCACCACGGGAGCCUCAUCCACCACCACGACCGGGGCCUCUUCGACGACCACCACGGGAGCCUCGUCCACCACCACGACCGGGGCCUCGUCGACGACCACCACGGGGUCUCAACCACUACCACGGGAGCCUCACCACCACCACGACCGGGGCCUCCUCGACGACUACCACGGGGGCCUCGUCCACCACCACGACCGGCGCCUCCUCGACGACUACCACGGGGGUCCUCGUCCACCACCACGACGGGCGCCUCCUCGACAACCACCACGGGGUCUCAUCCACCACCACGACCGGGCCUCCUCGACAACCACCACGGGAGCCUCGUCCACCACCACGACCGGGGCCUCCUCGACAACCGACACCACGGGAGUCUCGUCCACCACCACGACCGGGGCCUCCUCAACGACUACCACGGGGGUCUCGUCCACCACUACGACCGGCGCCUCGUCCACCACUACAGCUGGUGGCUAAUGAGCAGCAGCACCCUCUGCUGGUGA